AUGGCGUUCACAUUCGCGGCCUUCUGCUACAUGCUGGCGCUGCUGCUUACCGCCGUGCUCAUCUUCUUCGCCAUCUGGCACAUUAUAGCAUUUGAUGAGCUGAAGACUGAUUACAAGAAUCCUAUAGACCAGUGUAAUACCCUGAAUCCUCUUGUACUUCCAGAGUACCUCAUCCAUGCUUUCUUCUGUGUCAUGUUUCUUUGUGCAGCAGAGUGGCUUACACUGGGUCUCAAUAUGCCCCUCUUGGCAUAUCCUAUUUGGAGGUACAUGAGCAGACCAGUGAUGAGUGGACUGGGACUCUAUGACCCUACAACCAUCAUGAAUGCAGAUAUUUUAGCAUACUGUCAGAAAGAAGGAUGGUGCAAGUUAGCUUUUUACCUUCUAGCAUUUUUUUACUACCUGUAUGGCAUAAUCUGUGUUUUGGUGAGCUCUUAGAACAACACACAGAAGAAUUGGUGCAGUUAAGUGCAUGCAACAGCCACCAAAUGAGGGGAUUCUAUCCAGCAAGAUCCUGUUUCCAAGAGUAGCCUAUGGAAUCUGAUCAGUUA